AUGGCAAAACUGAAAGACAGCAUAGGCCAUGACUUUGAGUUUUCCCAGGACAUGGAUGAUCUAUUUGUGGCAGAUGAUGUGUUUUCUGGACUAGACUCUGAACGAGAACAGAGAUCAUUUUUCUUGGAAAACUUCAACUUAGUGGUAAGCUUAUAAUUAAUUAAAAAAGAAUGACAUAAAACUUUAGCCAAAUACAUAAGCUUAAAUAGAGGACUUAAGUUGUAUUUUGCUUGUGGUGAAAUUUUUCCAUAAAUUCAAACUUUUGUGGGGAAUUUUAGCAACUCGACGACCUCUAACGUAAAAGGUCCAUCUUCGCCCAAACUACAAUACUGGACUGCUUCUGUUUUUGAAUCAGUUCAGUUGUUAAAGGGGCUAUGUCGCAAAAUGGAGCAGCAUUGGGACCCGGGGGGGGACUCCCAUAUGAAACAGACGGGGAUGCUCGUCGUCUCGCUUAGGGGUGUAAAUUUUGGAUUUUGGUCUCGCUUAGGGUGUUCCGGGCAAAGCGCCAAUAUUUUAAGCCGCCAAGGUCUCGUUUAGGGUUCCGCUAAGAACUUGAGAUUUAUGACAAUGCUUUUAAAAACUACCGUACUUUUAGAUAAAAGCAUUCGGCGAUUAUGUCUUUAUAUCAUUAAAACUCAUUGCAUGUCGUAUUUGUGUGUUUUUAAGCGGUCUCUUUUAGGGGCCAAAAUUUGCAUUAUAUUUACAUAUAAUGCUCAUUCAGUUAAGGAUAACAUGUGUUGCCCUGCAAGGACUUUUGCCCUCUGUAACUUAAACCACUACUGGAAUACACGACACUGUACACAAAUUCAGUUUCCAGGGCGCCCAGCAUAAUACUGGUAAUUUUGUGCAGAUGCUAAGAUGUCCUUGUUGCCCAAAGACAAAAGCAAGUCACAGGGGGCCACUGAGUGCUGCAGAGAACAGCCCUGUAAAUACAGCAUUUUAAUGAAGGCAAAACUCAAGAUACGAAUAAUUGUUUAAAACAACCUCAGUGCCGGAAGUGGAUCCUCUUUGCUACUCCCCACUCAUCCAGCAUUUUCUACCUUAUUUGGAUGCCUAUCUUCGUGAAUUCUUAGACAUAAGUUAUGGCAAAUAUUUUAAUUUUCCUCUUUCAAUACUUGUAAUUCAGGAACCAUUAAGGGUGUUUCUUGGAAAGCGAUGGAAGUAUAUCAUGUCAAAAGGAAGGAAGAAGCUGAAGAGAAUCUCGGACUAUGGUUACCAUGUUCCAUUAUUGAAGAGUUUGGAGGUACAUAUAAUGCCUUAGCGUGGUCUACAAUGGACUAAUCAUUUUUGUUAUGUGAUUGUUAUUGAAAAAAAUGAGUCAGCCACUGGCAUUAAUGCCCUUGUCAUGGAUUAUAAACUCCAGUUUGGCUUUAUGUACAGAAACAUUGUCUCCAGGGUUGAUUGUUAGAGUCUUAGACACUUAAACCUCACUCUUUUUCUCUUGUCUGUCAUUUCUUUUCCUUAUUUGGUGUCUGAAUAGCAUUAUCAGGCCUUCUUUGAUUGAACAAAUUGGUAUUUAAGUCACUUCUUUUUAUUUCAGGCACUUUUGCAGAACCCUGAUGUUCUUCACGAGGUUGAUAACCCACAUCACUCAAAUGAUGAUGUCUUGCGUGAUGUUUUGGAUGGUGAAUUUGUACAGAACCAUCCAAUUUUUGCUGUCCAGAAAGAUGCCCUUAUCAUUUUAGGAUACUUUGAUGACCUAGAGAUUGCCAAUCCUCUUGGCUCAAAGGCUAAAGUACACAAAAUUGGUAAGUAAGUAGUUCAUGGUGAGUCUUCAGUGUUCUUUUUUUGGUGUGUAGGUAUAGACAUGAUGGUAGGGGUUACAUUCCAUUAACAUGUAAAUGUUUGUAUUUGCAGGAGUGUUUUAUUAUGUACUUGCAAACAUCCAUCCCAUG